AUGACUACAGCAAUUGAAGAUACUCCAGUGAUUGUACCCAAAGAGGAGGAAACAAGUCGAAAUUUUCAUCAGAACUAUGUUCUUUCAUCUCAAUAUGAAUCAUUGGAUAGUGAUGAUUUGUAUACAAAAUUUAAGAAACUACAGCGACAAUUGGAAUUUCUCGAAGUUCAAGAAGAAUAUGUAAAAACAGAAUUGAAAAACCUUAAAAAAGAAAUGCUACAUGCACAAGAAGAAAUCAAACGUAUUCAAAGUGUUCCACUUGUUAUCGGACAAUUUCUCGAAGCAGUUGAUCAAAACACCGGCAUUGUUGGAUCAACGACAGGUUCGAAUUAUUAUGUUCGAAUUCUAUCAACAAUCGAUCGAGAACUUCUAAAAGCUGGCGCCAGUGUUGCGCUGCAUAAGCAUUCAAAUGCUCUUGUCGAUAUUCUUCCACCUGAAUCGGAUAGUAGUAUAUCCAUGUUACAAGCUGAUGAAAAACCUGAUGUCGACUAUGCAGAUAUUGGUGGAUUGGAUUUACAAAAACAAGAAAUUCGCGAAGCAGUGGAACUACCAUUGACACAUUUCGAAUUAUAUAAAUUAAUUGGUAUUGACCCACCUCGUGGUGUACUCAUGUACGGUCCACCAGGUUGUGGUAAGACCAUGUUAGCUAAAGCUGUUGCUCGACAUACAACUGGUGGGUUUGAUUAUUUUGGACUUCGAAUGUCAGGAAUAUCUUUUAUUUGUUUAGCUUCAUUUAUUCGCGUUGUUGGCUCGGAAUUUGUUCAGAAAUAUCUCGGCGAAGGUCCCCGAAUGGUUCGUGAUGUCUUUCGUUUAGCAAAAGAAAAUUCACCCGCAAUUAUUUUUAUCGAUGAAAUUGAUGCUAUUGCAACGAAACGCUUCGACGCUCAAACAGGAGCUGAUCGAGAAGUUCAACGUAUUCUACUUGAAUUACUCAAUCAAAUGGACGGAUUCGAUCAAAGUAUCAAUGUUAAAGUUAUCAUGGCAACAAAUCGUGCUGAUACACUUGAUCCAGCUCUUCUUCGUCCUGGUCGUUUAGAUCGUAAGAUCGAAUUUCCAUUACCUGAUCGACGACAAAAACGCUUAGUCUUCUCGACUGUAACCGGUAAAAUGAAUUUAAGUGACGAAGUCGACUUAGAAGACUAUGUAGCCCGUCCUGAUCGAAUAUCAGGCGCUGAUAUUAAUUCCAUUUGCCAAGAAGCUGGCAUGCAAGCCGUUCGAGAAAAUCGUUACAUUGUCUUGGCCAAAGAUUUCGAAAAAGCGUAUAAAAAUGUUGUUAAAAAGAAUGAACAAGAUUUCGAAUUUUAUAAGUAA